AUGCCGGUUGCGGUAGCAUUGUGGGAAUUCCUCAUGCAGGGCUCAGUGGCCGACAGCCAGCCGCCCAAGACUCGAUUCAACCUCUCUGGGCACUACGACGGAACAGGCCGGCCCGGGACCAUACCCACGCCCGGCGGCAUGUUUCUCGAGGACACCGACCUCGCCAAGUUUGACGCUUCCUUCUUCAACACCAGUUAUGCCGAUGCGAUUGCGAUGGAUCCGCAACAUCGGCUCUUGCUCGAGGCUUCCAUUCGCGGGGCAAAAAUAGGCUGUCUCGUGGGAGCCAAUACUUGUGAGUAUGAGGCCGGCUUUACGAGAGAUCCAGAAGAUCAAGUCCCUGGGACGAGCAUAGGCCUCAGCCGCUCCAUCCUCAGCAACAGGAUCCGCCACUUCUUGGAUAUCACGGGGCCCAGCAUAACCCUAAAUACCGCCUGCUCCUCAACACUCAUCGCCAUCGAUAUGGCGUGCUCCUACCUGCAAUCACACCAAGCCGAUGGCAUGUUCGUGGCCGGCUUGCUGCUCUUCAUGGAUCCCGGCGCCAUUCUGGAUUCUGGUCCGAUGGGAGGCGCCUUCUCGACCACGGGAAGAUGCCACACGGUUGACGCAAAGGCGGACGGAUACGUGAGAGGCGAGGCUAUCAAUGUCGUCUUCCUCAAGCGGCUCAGCGAUGCCAUCCGGGAUGGUGACCCAAUCCGGGCUGUCAUCCGAGGCACAGCGACCAACAGCGAGGGACGCACCCCGGGUUUGACAUACCCAAGCUCGAAGGCACACGCGCAUGCGAUGCAGGCUGCCUAUCAGAGAGCGGGUAUCGCCAACCUGAACGAGACAGGUUACCUGGAAUGCCACGGCACCGGCACGCUGGCAGGCGAUCCCAUCGAAGUAGCGGGCAUUGCCUCGCCGCUCAUUAUCGGAUCCAUCAAGAGCAAUGUCGGCCAUUCGGAGCCGGCGGCCGGCCUCUCCGGCUUGAUCAAGGCCGUGCUUGCCAUUGAGCGCGGCAUUAUUCCCGGCAACCCGACGUUCAUCACGCCCAAUCCGCGUAUCUAUUUUCAAGGCAGCCGUGUCCGCAUUGUUGGAACCCGCAUUCGGUGGCCGACAUCGUACGCUACUAGGAGAGCGCGCAUCAACUCGUUUGGAUCCGGAGGUGCCAACGCACACGCCGUGCUGGAGCAACUGGACUCGUGUCUUCCCGAGUCUGUUGCGGGCACCUAUCGCAAGAGAUUUGUCUCGUCGUGGACGGCGAAUCAGCAUGCAUCCGGCCUACUCAGAAAGAACGACGACGCCGAGUCGCGGGAAGACGGCCGCCCGUACCUGCUGGCCCUGUCGGCGCACCUCGUCAACCCUGCUGUGAGCUGUAAGCUGCGCGAUGUCGCUUACACGCUCUCCGAGAAGCGCACCGGGCACCUUCAUCGAGCUCAUUUUGUCGCUCCCUCGCUCGAGCAUGUCGCUAAUAUCACGCCUGGCUUGGUGAGCACUGGCAAACAGCGGGCUCAACCCUCAAGGAUCGGCUUCGUCUUCACUGGUCAGGGGGCGCAAUGGAGCCUGAUGGGGAAGAGCCUGGUCGAAACCUUUCCCGCUGCGGAGGAGUGUGUCCGGCAGCUGGACCGAGUCCUCCGGGACGAGGUAGACCCUCCGCCGUCGUGGUCGCUGUUGGAACCUCUGACGGAAGACAUGGACGCCCAACGGCUGCGGCUCCCCGAGCUGGCUCAGCCGCUCACCACCGCGCUGCAGCUUGCCAUGUUAGCAGUGUUGCGUGAUUGGGGAAUUCAGCCGCGCAGGGUCGUUGGCCACUCGUCGGGGGAGAUUGCCGCUGCCGCGGCAGCUGGCAGACUCACGCCGUCUGAGGCCAUCAAGCUGGCGUACUUCCGGAGCCUGGCCUCCCAACGUGAAUGCACUCGGCGCACAAGCGUGGAUGCGGAACGGCUCGGAAUGCUCGCUGUCGGUGCUUCCGCCGAAGACGUGGCGCCGUAUCUCGACCGCGAGCCGUCGGUCCAGAUCGCCUGCUACAACAGCCCUGGAAGUGCGACGCUGUCCGGCCCGCAGACCGCACUCCAGCGGGUUCAAGACGCCGUCAAAAGCGGCGGCCGCUGUGUCAGGGCACUCCAGGUCGACUCGGCUUACCACCAUUCCGAGUACAUGGCGCCCGUCGCGGUCGAGUAUGAACGGCUGAUGCGGGAGCAGUGUCAGCUUACCGCAACGGACGCGGUGGUCCACGUGUCUGUAUUCUCGUCGGUAAGCGGCGGGGAGAUGACGGACACGGCGGACCUGUUCGAGCAUGGCUACUGGCGGACGAACAUGGUGAGCCCAGUGCGCUUCUCCGAUGCUCUUUCCGCCAUGGUUUCUGGGAAGCAUGGCUCCGAGCUCCUGAUUGAGAUCGGACCCUCCAACGCCCUCGCCGGACCUGUGACGCAGACACUCGAGACUGUGAAAGGCGCCGACACGAAGGUUCAGUACGUCUCGGCAGCAAAAAGGGGACCCGAGGCGGUCCACGCGCUGCUGGGCGUUGCCGGUGUCCUGUGGGCUUGUGGGAGUCCGGCCGAUUUGAGCAAGGCCAAUGGGUAUCCGGAUUCCCAAGACGCAGAGUUCGACAAGCCGUCCCUCAUCAUCGACCUGCCAAACUACCACCAGGUCCUCAAGCUGGACACACUGCCCUGGCUCCGUGAGUACGACGUGAGAGGCCAGGUCAUCUUCCCCGGCGCUGGAUACAUCGCCCUUGCUAUCGAGGCCAUUUAUCAAUUCCAUUACCGCCUCCAAAACGUCAAGUUUCUCAGGGGGUUGGUACUUGGAAAUGCCAUGUCCUCCGGGGAUACAAGCAUUGUGCUUGGUCUAAACCGCGCAUACAACUCCCCUAGUCAGUGGCACGAGUUCCGCAUCCUGGAGCGGCGGCGUGAUGCCGACGUCUGGUCCACCCACUGUGUUGGGCUGAUCCGGAUUGAACAGCAUACGCAGUCCACAUCAAUGUCACCGUCGCCGCGGGGAGCCUUUGGACCUCUGGAGUACGCCGUGCCGGGCAGCCACGCAUACCGGGACGCCAUGGUCGACUUCCAGUGGCUAUGGGGCGACCGACGGACCUGCGCUGUGCUGUCCAUGGACCCCGCCGCCUCAACCUACGGGCAGUCGUCGUACCCGAUCCACCUCCUGUACUUCGACAGCUUCCUGCAACUCUGCGGCUUUCCCGUCCGCCAGGUCCAGGGCAGUCGCCAUGACGGCCUCGUCAUCGUCCCCGCCAGCAUCGACAGCCUCUUCGUUUCCGCGUCUCGCGCUCCCAGGGGACACUGCGCGGUCUCGACGCAGGCGUAUCACAUUGGCGUCGGUUCCGAGCGCGAUGCCCGUUACAACAAAAUGCCCGGGGGGAUCUAUGACCCUGCUAAAUGCUCCACCGUCCUGGUGGCCGAAGGGCACAUGUAUGCGACAUUUGUGUGGGACGUUGACCUGUCGCUUUCGGACGCGACGGGUCUGGCCGCGACGUUACAGCAGCAGCAGCUGGACUCGGUUCAGCGUAUUCUCGACCUGUUCCUCCACAGGCAACCGAGCCUUCACAUCCUCGAGGUGAACACCAACCCCUCCGACACGUCUUGCUUGUGGUUGGACGGCACCAGCCCGUCGUCUCCUGCAAAAAGACUCCGAUGCGAGAACCCUUUGACAAUGCGGGACCGCCACACCGGCCUGCCACGCGUCAUUUUUCAGCUGGCGGACCCCGCCGUCGAGCGCUUCGGCAAGAAGACCGCUGGCACCGCGGACCUAGUCCUCUUGAAGACCACGUCAACAUCAGGCGAAAUGACAGAACUGCGGUGGCAUCGGAUAUCGUUGUCCCGCACCGACGCCUCCUCUGAUACCGCGGGCGACGAGUGGCAGACGGUGCUGGAACAUCUCGGCUUCUCCAACAUAAAACUCCUUUCCAGGCAGAGCAGUCGAGUACCGGGCAUCGUUUGGGCAGAGAUUGCCAGUGCUGUGCCUGCUGUCCAACCGAGCUUGCACGGCCUUCCGGGCAGCAAUGCUUUGGUGUCACCUCACCAGUGGGACAUGCUGCAGGAGCUGAUUCAAAAGGAGUGCAACAUCCUCUGGGUCACGAGCGGCUCCCAAUUGGAGGUUUCGAGGCCUCACCGAGCCACCUCCCACGGGUUGCUGCGCGUCAUCAGGAACGAAGAACCUCAUCUACGGAUCGUCACGCUCGACGUCGAGGAACACGAGAACGGUGACUACGCGGCAGCCGUGGGUGAUGUCGAGGCCUGUCUCAACCAUCUGGCUUCCCCAGCAGAAGAGUAUCGGAACGAGUGCGAGUUUGUCGAGAGGGCCGGGCUAGUCUACACGUCACGAGUGUUAAAAGACGACCAGCACGACGAGGUCAAGUCUGAACAUGUCAACGGCCGGCCGCCUCGGUGGUCACCGUGGUCCUGCACCAUGCUUUGGGUACGGGCCGAACGCCGCGGUGUCAUCGACUUCUUGCACUGCAAAGAGAAGCCCAACGCCGGGCUCCCGCCACCACCCAACGAAUUCAUCGAGGUGGACGUGUGCGCUGCGGGAGUGAACUUCAAGGACGUCGCCGUAGCGAUGGGGUGGGCCGCCGGAAACCAGCAUAAGCUUGGGUUGGAAGGAGCCAACAUCGUCAGCCGCGUCGGCGCCGGCGUCCCGUCGUCCGCUUUCAAGCCCGGCCAGCGCGUUGUCUUCCUGCAGAAAGGGAGUUUCGCCAACAGGGUCCACGUUCCCAUGCAGGCCGUCUACGCCAUUCCCGACGCCAUGUCUCUUGACGUCGCCGCGUCACUGCCGGUCGCGUAUCUUACCAGCCUGUAUGCCUUGUUCGACCUGGGAAAUUUGAAACGAGGUCAACGUGUUCUAAUUCAUUCUGCGGCUGGUGCCGUUGGAAACGCGGCGAUGCAGAUUUGCCGGUAUAUGGGUGCCGAGAUAUACGCUACCGUGGGGAAUGACGAGAAACGUGUCUUUCUGCAGGACGCAUUUGGAAUCCCUUCCCAUCGCAUCUUUUCGUCGCGGACUGCCGAGUUUGAGCGCAAGAUCAUGGAGGCCACGGACGGGCACGGCGUAGACCUUGUGCUGAACUCACUGUCCGGAGAUCUCCUCGAGGCAUCGUGGAACACCGUAGCCUUUGGUGGUACGCUGGUCAAGAUCGGCAAACGGGAUAUCAGUGACCAGAAUCGGCUGCCCAUGGGGCCGUUCAACCGCGGAGCUUCCUUCCACGCUCUCGACUUGUCGCUGUUUACGAGAUGGGGUGAAGUGGUAGCCCGUUUAUUCUCCCGUUUAUUCAAGCUUCUUGAUGAGGGGAAGAUCAAGCCUAUUUUCCCUCUGCAAAGACUUGGUUUUGAUCAAGUUCAGGACGCACUGAUUCGCCUGUGCUUAGGACAACAUAUCGGCAAGUUGGUUCUUUCGUCGGGCUCGGAUCAACCCUGCGGGAAGCCUCACUACGUUCAGGUUCGGCCCGCUCCGAGGACAGCGACAUAUCGCGACGAUGUGUGCUACCUGGUCGUCAGUGGACUCCGGGGCCUGUGCGCUAGCCUGGCCGUGGACCUUGCGAAGCGUGGCGUCAAGCACAUCGCGACCAUGUCGCGGAGUGGUUAUGACGAUCUGAGGUCACAGAUCGACAUCCGACAUAUCCGCAACCUGGGGAGCCAGAUCGACCUGGCAUUCUCAGAGACUACCGUUCCUGUCGUCGGGAUUAUUCAGGGCGCUAUGGUACCCUUGGACCGACCCUUCUCGUCCAUGACCAGUCGACGAGUACCAUGCCGUUUUGGUCGUUCUCGAGCGUGGCCUUCGCCAGGAUUCCUUCACCUCCCUGUCCAGUAUCGCCAGCGUGCUGGGCGGCCGCGCGCAGGCCAACACGUUGCUGCCAACGCCUUCCUCGACUCCUUCCCCGCCUAUCGAUACCGGCUCGGCCUGCCCGCCCACACCAGCAACCUCGGGGUCGUCGAGGACGUUGGCUUCAUGGUCGAUCGCGAUGAUGUCUUUGAGCGGUACAAGGAUAGCGUCAUGACCUUCAUCAACGAGGACAUGCUCUGCAAAAUGGUUCAGUUCUCUAUUCUCCAGCAGAAUCCCCAACCCGUCAGCUCGACUAGUCUUGAGCACAUGGUUACGGGCCUCGAGAUUCCGCAGGCAAGCCACUCGGGUCUGCGGGCCGACCCGCGCUUUGCACGCGUUUUCACGGGAGGUAGCGGCGCAGGGAAGAACGACGACGAGUCAAAGGACGUCCGGGCACUCAAGCUCUUGCUGAGCUCCUCUGUGCGGGAUCCGGGUGCUGUCUUGGACCUCGCCGUCAAGGCUGUUAGCGCGUGGCUGUUCAAGAUGCUACGCCUCCGCAAGCCUGUAGAGGCCGAGCAGUUGUGCGUGUAUGGUCUCGACUCGCUCGCGGCCGUCGAGUUCAGGAACCGGUUGCGCUCGGAGCUUGGAGCUGUGCUGACAACGCUGGAUAUUACUACGACCAGGUCCAUCUCCAUGUCGGAAUGA